GGAGCCAUCGAGCCCGGCCCCGCGGGGCCGCACGCCUGCUACGCCGUCACCGCCCUCAUCAAAACCAAGCUCCUCUUCAAAACCCGCCCCAAGCCCAUCAUCACCAACGUGCCCAAGAAAGUGUGA